CAGGUCAAGCUAACUCGAAUCACGAUCUUGUGAGCAAAUAUUUUACUAACGAAGUGAGUCUACUCUCUGUUACAACCAAUGAAUGAAUGAUGACUUGCAAAUACAAUAUAUCUUCAAUGCUUUCAGAUGUUGAAUAUGGCAUGGGAGCAACGACUUCAAUACAUCUGCGAGAAAUGUUGGCAACAUUUGUGGGAGUUUCAACAAUUCCAGCAGUCGAUUAUUGAGUCACAGAAGAGCCUAUACUUGAAUAAGGAAGCUGCAAAAGAAGUUGGGGAAGUUGUUAAGAUUACAACUGAUCUGAAUAUAAAGGAUGAACAACUGGAGUGGCAUAAUUCCCAGGAAUUUAAAGCUAGCACUGACGAUUUAAACCAACCUACGGUUCUUACUUUUGAUAUAAAAACUGAAGAACCUUUGGAUCUCAACAGUGAUUAUGAAGAGAUGUCGCCUCAAAGCCUGCAACAGUUAACGCAUGAAGCAGCAGUGCCUCUGAUGUCCCACAUGUCCAAUAGAAAAGAAAAUACGUCAUUAACGUAUGACGAUGAAUCCAAUGAAGAUUGUAUGUCCUCAUCAUCUUUGGGCUACAACCACAUUUCCUCUUCAGAAGGUAAAGUUCCUACUACAAAAAGGUCUGUAGAGGAGUUUGAUGAGCUGGUAGCAUUAUGGCGUUCCUCCUUGGAAUGUCAAAUUUGUCAUCAGCUGAUAGCCAGCUAUUCCCGGUUAGAGCAACAUUUUGGAAAAAAACAUGCUUCAGAAGGUUGUUACCUCACAUGUUGCCAAUUGAAGCUGGAAACACGUUAUGAUAUCGAGAGACACAUACACUAUCAUAAUGCCCCCCAGCAGCUCAAAUGUGACGCCUGUUGCAAGGCUUACCGUUUGGAGAAACAUUUGAAAAGUCACAAAAGAAAUGUCCACACCAGCAAGGGAGGAGAUAAAGAUGCCAAAGACAGCGAAAAGUUGGAAGCCGGGAAAUAUCAUUGCAGCAAGUGUUUAAAGGACUUUGCAACGAAAGCGCGUUUAAAUAAUCACAGUCGUGAUGCCCAUAAACCCAAGAUUUUUGAAUGUAACAUUUGUGAAAGAUCCUUUAUGCAUCAGAAUGCACUGCGCGAUCAUUUGGCUAAACACAAAGGCGAGAAGACGCAUGCCUGCUCCUUUUGCCCCAAGGCAUUUACCUGCCGUGCUUAUUUCUGCCUACACAUGAGAAAAUCUCAUCCCCAGGAAUGGAAGAAGAUGCAUAAAGAGCCGGUAAAAAGAGAGAAGGAGUAUCGACAAGAAACUCGGGGAGAGAGUAUUAUCUAUGUUUGCAUUUAUUGUUCCAUGGAGUAUGACAAACAGGAUUCCAUGCACAAUCAUCUCCAUCGAUGUAGCCGUAAAAGAGACGGUAGACCAAAAGAGUAUGCACAGAGUUUUCGGCUGGAAACUCGGGCAGGGGGUGUGGUCUGUGUGUGCAUUUAUUGUUCCAAGGUGUAUGAAAAGCGGCUUUCAAUGCUUAAUCACAUCAGACAAUGCCAAAUAGAAAAUGGGCCAAUGGGGCCUAAAAACGGGUAUCGGCGAGAAGCUCGCGGAGAUAGUAUGGUCUAUGUUUGUAUGCAUUGUUCCAAGGAAUAUGAAAAAAGGCAAUCCAUAUACAGUCAUCUUAGGAAAUGUCAAAUAGAACUUAGAAAGCGGUAUCGGCUUAAAACUUGUGGAGAAAGUAUGGUCUACGUUUGCAUUUCUUGUUCCAAGGAGUAUGCAAAUCUGCAAUCCAUGAGCAGCCAUCUGUACCAAUAUCAUAGAGACAAUAUAGCUCUGGCGGCAUCAACAAUUUCCGAACCUCCAGUGCAAAGUGAGCAGCAGCAAGAAUCCCUUUACACCACUAGGAUUAUAGAUCCGAAGCCAACUGAUGUCAGCAACAUAACACCAGAGGGGGAUACUUUAAACGAGCUGGACAAAGAAGGAGAAGAUAAAGAAGAAUCAUUGAUGGCCCCUAUGGAGGGAAAAGAGUUGAAAGAUGAAAAUGCAACAAGCAUUUAUGUGAAGACCGAACAAUUUCCAGCUAAUGCAAAUGCCUUGAGAAAUGAGGAAAUGAAUGAAAAUGAAAUGACACAAGAAUUUGAGGAACUCAUAAAAUCCGAAGAAGAAUUUAUGGAUUUGUGAGCGGAGUCUAAAGACCUUAGCUGCAAUAAUUAAACAUUUUGCUAGCCAAAACCCAGGAUUCACCUACACCGAAAGAAACAUUUAUACCGUAUAUUAUCAAUGGUAUUGAUAGCAAAGCAACACCCUGAAUUAAUACCAAAAAAAUACCGUAUGGUAUUUAUAAUGCUUAAUAUCAUGCAUCCCAUACGGUAUUGUUUUGGUAUUACUUUACUAUCAACACCGUUGGUAUCAAUUUUUUGUUUUGCGUUCAGCCGAUACACAAUUUUUUGAAUUUUUGACAAAACUUGAUAUUGAGAAUGUUUAUUUGUUCUCUUUUUAUAUGUGUGCUUUGUUCACGUUUUCGCCUUUUGCGACAUUUUUGCAUAUCCUAAAUGUUUAUGGCGCCUUUGCCCUUUCUGAUUUUGGCAAGUGGUCUAACAUUCUAUUAUUCACCCAUGCCCAAAACCCUUACUUUUAUUUGCUCAUGUGACAUGCAUGCAUAUGUUUUCUCACUAUAACUAAUCAGCUGAUUUGGAUAUACUAUGCAUAGUAAAGUUAGCCAAACAGCUGGUUUCUUACUAUAAAGUCAUCUGGCUUUAAUGUCUUAAGCAAGGAAAAGUGCUUGCGUCAUCCAAACAACUGUGUGUUUCUCCACUAUAAAAUAUAAAAGUGAUAAAAAUUAUUAAAAAUUCUGCUGAUCUCAAGCACAGCAGGAUUUCUGUUAAAAAAAUCAGCUGAUUUUAAUAUAUUAUAGAUCCGUUCGCGUACAUUGCCAGUAAAAGUUUUGCAGGAGAGUAAGAACUGGCUUUACUCUCGUUUGUUAUUUAUUUGAAUAAAACAUCUGUUCCAUACUGCAUCGGUUGGGAAAAUAACUUCCAGCUAAAAUUUGCAGGCCCUGAAUUGCCAAGCUUUCGAAAUUUUGCUGGCUCUUACGCACUCUCUUCUGGUGGCAUAUGACUUGACGGGAAUGAAUUCCAAUAAUUUUUUUUUAAAAUUUACAGAAAUUUUGAGUACGCGAAUAUUCUGAGUCAUCCGAAACAGCUAUGCUUUCCACUAAGUAAUCAGCUAUUUUAGACAAACAGCUCUUUCUUCACCCUCAAGGCGGAUUAAAAAAAGUGGUCUCACGCGAACAGCUGUUAACAGCCGGCUAUGUUUGACGGUAUUAAGAUGUCAGAUUUUUCUUUGUUGCUAUCUUAUUU